AUAAUGAAUGACGACCCAAGAGACGUACUUGUCCUUCUUAAUUCCUUGGGAUUUGUUGGAAUUACUGCUGAACAGCUUAAAGCAUUUAUGAAAGAUUUAAAAUUAUAUAGAAAAGUAAAAGAACAUGAAAGGCAACAAAGAAAGGAAGAAAUUAGAAGAAAAAUAAUAGACAAACAAAAAAAUAUGAUCAAAGAACUUCUUAGAGAAGAGAAAACAGAAUUUUAUUCAGUAGAAAAUACUAUCUCCACUAAUUCUUCUAGUUCUUAUAUUGAUGAUUCUCUUGUGAAGGUAAAAGUGACAAAAUUAUCAAAUGAUAAAAGAAACAAAAAUUUUAUAAAUAUUGAAAAAAACUAUAUAAAUACAAAAGACAAAUUGGAUAUGUUACAACCAAAAUCAAAAUCUAUGAAAACACAAGAAAAUUAUAGUGUUAAAUCUAGCAGUAUCUCAUAUGAUAAUGAAGAAGACAAACCUCAGUUAAAGAGUAAAAGUAAAUAUGAAGAGUGUUUGAGAAAAGAUUUUCAUAUAGGAAUACAGAGUAAAAUGAAACCACAACAUGAUAAAAUAGCAAAUCAGGGAAAAUCAACACCUAUACAAUCUAUCCGUCCUAUGAGUGCACCGAAUAUUUUAGAACAUCAACAAGAACAUGUUACAAGUAGUCAAACAAAAAGUACAUCAUCUACAAGAAAUACUUAUUCUGGAACAAAAUCAUUUAUCAGACCAUGGAGAUUGCAACUAGACUCUCAAAGAAGUAAAAAUCUUAAAAAGACUGACCCAGUUAUACUUUAUCAAAAAUAUCAACAAGAAUGGAAACAAAUGUCUUUCCCUGGAGAAGCUAAACAUUCAAGUGUAAGGUGGGCAAUUCGAGAAAAAAUGUUAGGUGGAGACCCUCAACCAAUGCCUCUGUCUAAAAAAUCAAGCAGUAUGCCAAUAUUAAAGAAAAAAUAA